UGCACAACUAGGUUGAGCAAAAGGGACGUGAAUGACCUCGAGUCGAUCCCGACUCACUGCGUUCGUCCUCCGAGACUCGAGAGACCCCUUCUUCCUGUUGCCAUACGUCGAGGCGGAGAUGGACCGUUCGAUGGACCCAUUGGACGACGGUGAGGUCCGACUCCCGAGCAGGGAGCAGACGCUCCUGGCGGAGGCUGUGAAGACGCUCGGGUGGGUGGGAGCGAUCUUCCUCGCUUUCGGGUUCCUCGGUCUUGCGGCUGGGAUCGUUCCGGUCGUCCUGGCUGGGGUCGCUCCGGUCGUUCUGCUCGGGCGUCUGGACUGUGAAAACAUUUCUUGCGGACCCGGAAGAGAGGCAGGGGACAUGUUCGACCUCAAUUAUUGCUUCCGAGUCUUCUUCCCUUUCUUUGCGGCCUUCGUAUUUUUCGUCAUGGGGAUCUGGAUCCGCCGACUUUCCAAAGCGGCCUUGGGGGAGCUGGCCUCGAUGGGGAUCGCCGGACUGAGAAAGCCGAGAUAUCCCGUCGCUAUCCUGCGAGUGGAUUUGGCGAGGAUAAGCCGCGAAGGUGGGAUCCUACCUCGACGUGGAAAUGCCUUUGUGCUCUUGACGUCACGUAUGGCCGAAGAGAUUCCCGUCUGCGGUUCCUCUGAGUGCGGAAAUGGCGGUGAUUCCAGUCGCAGCGAUGUCUUUGGGGCGGGGAUCGAUGGAUUCAUCGUCGGCAUCGGCGGACCGAGGAGAAACGAAAAACCGGGGGAAGGGAGUGCCUGGUGA